GAAUAGUUUUCUGUCUUUGGAGAGAGACUAAAAUAUCCCAGUCGUGACCUUUGAACCCCCUGGUGUGCAACUCGCUGUCAAGGAAGAAACAUCCAGGGCUCAUCAAAACGGUUGGAAACUGUAGACUCCAGGAAGUACUGUAUCACCAGGAGUGAUGGGAGACCAGGAGGACCUUCCCGAGGGAUGGGAGAAGAGAGUCAGCAAGAGCCAGGGGAGAGCUUACUAUCUCAACGUGUAUACAAAGCAAAGUCAGUGGGAGAAGCCUACAGAUGCUGCAACAUCACAGGUGCGCUGUUCCCACUUACUGGUGAAGCAUGUCGGCUCCAGACGACCAUCGUCAUGGAAACAGGACAAGAUAACCCGCACUCAGGAAGAGGCCUUGGAGAUGAUUAACGAUUUCCGUGAGAGAAUCGUGUCGGGCCAGGUGACUCUCGCUGUCUUGGCAGCUACGGAGAGUGACUGCAGCUCGGCCAAGAAGGGGGGCGAUCUGGGCUUCUUCGGACCAGGGCAGAUGCAAAAGCCCUUCGAAGAAGCAACCUUCAAGCUGAAAGUGGGGGAGCUGAGUGAACCAGUCUUCACCGAUUCUGGCAUCCACAUCAUACAUAGGACAGGGUAGUUUUAUGCUGAGCUGAUGACAUGAUACUAACCUAACAUGGCUGACUGACCAGUAAUUUACAUGCUUGACUGGGGCAAAGUCCUAACUGCCCUAUUAUAUUUGCUGUCAUUGAAAUAUGCUUGGGCCACACCAAUUUAAUUAAUUGGUUCCUGGAUUUGCCUGCUUCAUUUUUUUCUGAUUUUCAAAAUUCAGGUUCUGAUCAACAACAUUUUGGUCCAAACAGUUGAAGAAAGCUCCUUGUUUUUAUUGUUUUUCCAUCAAUGCAUUGGUUCAAUUGAAAGUUUCGAAGUCAUUGUUUGAAUUAUACACUUGCCUAGUAUAUACGUUGACGUCAUGGCCCCCGGUAUCAUAGCUUUUAGGACUAUCAGUCGAGGCCUAGGUCUAUUUUUAUUUUCAAUUUUUUUCACCGUCACUUCAUUCUUUUCCUGAAAAAAUCCAAGAACCAACAAAUCAAAUUGGUGUGGCCUUAAUAAGAGUGCUUGGUGGAACCAAUAGCUGCAAUAAGAUACAAUCCAAUUGAUGCUCUUCCAUAGUAAGACAAAUCUCACCGUGGGGUUGUGCAAAGUUCUGAUUUAAUCCAAAGACAUCUUUGCUAAUGUUGGUAAUGGCAUGAAGAAUAUAGCAACUAUCAUGUAUAACUUUGUAGUGUACUGUUGUAAACUGUGUACAUGUGGUAGUCAGGGAAUGUAAUGAAGGCUUAGAGGAUGGAGUCAUGGUGUUUUGACUGAGUGUUGGACCAAACAGGAUGCAAAGCCACUUCACUCUUUUGAAAGGGUUGAAAUGAGAAGGCAAUACAACUGGUUUAUGAUUCUCUUGUUUCGGUAAAGCCCCUGUCACACAGAGCCGAAUAUAUGGCCGCCUGAACACUGCCAAACUCCCCUUAACCAUGGCUGGAGUAGGUGACAUCGGGAGCAAGGUCGGCUGUGGUUGGCUGGUGUUCUAUGAGUUCAGCAA